CAGCUUUGAAAAUGUUCAUGGAUUACUCUGUCCGUAGAUAAAACAUUGACUGACGUCACCUUGGGAACCCAACCACAAAUUCUGGACCGCAAUGGAUUUGAUGGUCGGCGCUGUCAUUGGCUUGCACUCUUGCCUACAUACAAGCACUUCUAAAGCAAAGAUUCUGUCGCUCGAUAACAAGGUACAGUGGUACUUGCUUUCGAGCUAGUCUACUGGCUGGUCUCAUACUUCUAAAAAACCGAUCAAGUCAAGUUAAUUGUCUACAUACCAUGUCCUCUCUAUUAUCACAAACCGCCGACUGGUUAUACCAAGUGAACCCGACACUCUGCAAGAUUCCUCCCCGCGCCAAUGACGAAGAGUACUGCUUCAUGGGACCCGACGGUGGAACCGAUGGUGCCAUUCUCUGUGGUGACAUUUCCUACAGUAUGGCCACCUGCGUGGGAAGUUGGAUGUUAUCUCCCACCCAUCACAUUGUCGAAGGCAUUGCCGUCACACUGCUCGCACUUGUGGUACUCCACUACACGGCGCCCCGAUUAUUUGCCGACGACACGACAACCACCCUGCGAGUCCAACAUCCCACGGGAGCUCAUGGCGUCACGCUAUUCUGCUUGACCAUGGUCAUGAUUUACAAAUGGUAUGGAUACCCCCGACGACUCUACUACAUGGUCAUGCCCUGCAAUAUGCAAUGGGUACUCAGUUUUCUACAAUGUUGGAUGAUUCCCGAAUCUUGGACACGGACACAGUACAUUAUUCUACAACUCAAAACGACAUUCCUCAUGUCCGUCGUCAUUGGAAUUGUCCUACCGGAAACCAGUGAUUGCGAAUUGCCGGGAGAAUACAUUUUCUAUUGGCUCAAUCAUUUUCUACUCCUCUGGUUGCCCGCCGCCUAUGUCCAAAAUGGAAGCAUCUCGUGCUUUUCAUCUACGACAUCAACAUGGUCUUUGAAUGGACUCUGGUGGGCAUUUUCCUGUGCCGCAUUUGCCGUCUUUUAUUUCAUCCCCGUCACAUUUUUGGCCAUUUAUUCCGGACUCAAUUUGAAUUUCAUGCUCCAUCCGCCACACGAUCAUGUCAUUUUACGAGGACAAUGGUACCGAUUGGUCACUGUUGUGGGAUUGUGUAUUACCUUUUGGGUAUCACGGCUCUUGGUCAUGGCAUACGAAAAAGUAGCAACAACAACACGCAACAACAAGACAACAAAGCAAUUAUAAUUACUACGUGCGACACGGGGGCAUAGCAUGUAGAUCUGAUGAUUUUUAAUAAAAGAUUACGUUCUUGUUCG